CUACCGCCAUCACGCGCAGAAAAGGAGGGCUACAUAAAUAAACAAGCAACACUGCAGUCCUUUAUUGGGGAGGUUUAUUUACACUCUAUUAUCACCACCUCUUCCACAGAUUUGGGAAGACGGGGGAGUCUAGCCAAACACACGACGACCAGAAGGCGGGAGAGGACAAGUAAGGGUGGUAGUAGUGGGGAGAAUCAUGGUAUCCACCCCCAACCCCCCUUCGCCAAUGACCGAAGGCGGAGCUGCUGCGCCACCCCGCUCCCCCACCAGUCCCCCUCCUCCUCCUCCCCAAUGGUCUCUCCCAGAGGUUACCGGAAGUUGUUAGGCGCUGCCAUAUUCUCAGCUGCUUUGUUGUAGGUUUCAUGUAGGGAUCCUUCGGCGACUUUUUUUUUCUUUUUUUUUCCUUCUUCCUUUUUUCCUCCUCCAAGCGCUGUGCUCCCUCCUCCCUUCCCUCUCUUUUUUUUCUCUCCCCUUCCUUCCCCGGGAACGCCAUGGAGGCCAACUGGACCGCUUUCUUGUUUCAGGCUCAUGAUGCCAGUCAUCAUCAUCAUCAUCAUCACCAUCAUCAGCAACAGGCAGCCCAAAAUAGCCUGCUACCACUUUUGGGUACUCCUGUUGAGCCACCUGAUCAGAAACCCAUGUUACCUUUACCAGUAACGCACAAACCUCAGACUCAGGCAGAACCUAUUAAGGAACCUGUAGUAGUGAAGAAGGAAAAGCCCAAAACUUCAUUUAUAUGCACAUACUGCAGCAAAGCUUUCAGGGACAGCUACCAUUUGAGGCGCCAUGAGUCCUGCCACACAGGAAUAAAAUUGGUGUCACGGCCAAAGAAAACACAGACGUCACCCGUCGUACCCCUUAUUUCAACUAUUGCUGGAGACAAUAACAGAACAUCAUUGGUCUCCACAAUUGCUGGGAUCCUGUCCACAGUUACCACUUCAUCAUCUACCACAGUUCCUACUGCCAGUCCUAGUAUCCCUCCUAUGCCUGUUGCACCACCAGUGAAGAAGCCUAGCAAGCCUGUCAAGAAAAAUCAUGCUUGUGAGAUGUGUGGAAAAGCAUUCAGGGAUGUGUACCAUCUCAACAGGCACAAACUGUCUCACUCAGAUGAAAAGCCCUUUGAAUGUCCAGUAUGCAAUCAGCGUUUCAAAAGAAAAGAUCGCAUGACUUACCAUGUUCGAUCUCAUGAAGGUGGAAUCACAAAACCAUACACAUGUAGUGUUUGUGGAAAAGGUUUUUCAAGGCCUGAUCAUUUAAGUUGUCAUGUGAAGCAUGUUCACUCCACAGAAAGACCCUUCAAAUGCCAAACUUGCACUGCUGCCUUUGCCACGAAAGAUAGGCUUCGAACACACAUGGUGCGCCAUGAAGGAAAGGUGUCUUGUAAUAUUUGUGGCAAACUUCUCAGUGCAGCAUACAUCACCAGUCACCUAAAAACACAUGGGCAAAGCCAAAGUAUCAACUGUAAUACCUGUAAGCAAGGACAACUCCAUGAACUUCAAACGCCUGUUCACUGUCGCAUCAAAUAUGAAGCUUCAGACUCACUCUUUUGUGCUGUGGAUCAGAAUCAUAGGACCUUUUCAAUAGAUACAAGCAAUUUGUGCCAAACAUCUACUACUUCUCAGACGCCUGUUACACUUACAUCUCCCUUCAAUAUCACAUCUUCUGUUGCAGCAUCUGGAACCCUCACAAACCCUGUAACAGUGGCAGCUGCCAUGAGCAUGAGAAGCCCAGUGAAUGUUUCAAGUCCUGUCAACAUAACUUCUCCAAUGAAUUUGGGUCAUCCAGUUACAAUUACAACUCCUAUUUCCAUGACCUCUCCCUUGUCCUUAACUUCACCUGUAAAUUUGCAGACACCAGUUACUGCUCCUGUGAAUAUAGCACAUCCAGUCACUAUAACGAGCCCUAUGAAUCUGCCCACACCAAUGACGUUAGCGGGCCAGUUAAACAUAGCUAUGAGACCAGUAGAAAGCAUGCCAUUUUUGUCUCAAGCUCUGCCGUCUUCACCACCUUGGUAAAGAACACUCACCCCAGUAUUAAGAAGUUGUUCCGUAGAUAUUUACCAGCAACUUUCAGUAAUGUCUUUAAGAAUGUUGCAGAAAUGCUUGCUGACCCUUGAGUUUAGCCAAUUUCAUUUGUCCUUCAGCCUUCGUAUUUAUUGUCCUGUAACAUGCCAAUUAAUGGAGGAGAUCAGAACAGUGAAAAUGAAGAAAAAUAUAGUGUAGAAGACUGUUUUAUGCCUGAAGUCAAAGCAAACAUUGUAUUAAGAUUUUAACCUAAAAUCUUGGAACUUUUGAAAGAAAGAGAUAACACUAGCAACCAAUAUCUUCAUUUUAUUCUCAUACCUUUGAACAUGUUUAUCACUACUGCAGCUUAACCUUUCAAAUUCUAGUGCAGUCUCUGUUGUGCUUUUCAACUGUUUGUGUUCUCUGUAUCUGUACAUUGUAGAACACAAUGUUAUCUCAGAGAAUCUGCAUUUUACUGUGGAGAUAUGUUUAUUAUAAGCAGCAUUUCCUAUGGAAAAGCAAAAUGAUCUGCAAAGAAUAGAAUUUGCCAUUGUGAUGUGACCGCGAUCAGGGCUGGAAACAUUGAGUCCACUAGCAUGGAAUGAGUCGAAUCAUUAAAUUAAUCAUUUCAUCUAUAAUCCCUGACUAGUACAAGGUAAAUUAGGUGCUAUGUUUUCAGACCUGAUAGACUUUAAUUUGAUAUUGGGCAAUGUAAAUAUUGUUAAAACAUAUAACCAGAAGGGAGUAUUAGCAUUCUAGUUAUUUUUAUUAUUAUUUUCAUUUAACGGUUUUUGGUUCGGUUGAAGAACAAAAGUACGGGGGCAUCUAUAUAUCCUGCAGAAACCAGGAUGAAGCUAAGAAACUGCUUCCAAAAUACAUUUUGUCACCUCAGUUGUCGCCGUGGGAGCUUGGCAUGUGUUUAAAGGCUUCUCAAAAGCACCUUGACUCUCCCAUUUCAGUGUGGAUUGUACAACCACACACUACUGAAACGCAAAAGGAAACAAUGCCUUCCAGGGAGAAAACCUCAUGGAUGUGGUAGAAGCAUAAUGGGUAACCAAGUUUAUCAGUUCCUCUUCCCAAUUUUUGUCUUAUUAAUGGCGUAUACAUUUUAUGUAGAAAAAGGACUUUUGUGUUCUGUUAAAAUCCAUAUAUAGUUUUUCUAACCACUGACUAUAUAAAAAGGCCCUGUAUGACAAGCCAAGAGAAUCAUUGUUUUUGCUUGUGGUUUUUUCUUUGUUCUUGUAUGUGGGUUUUUAAAAAGAUUUCAUAAGUGUUGUAGAAAUCUGGUUUUAAUAUGUAAAUAUUUUUGCUUUUUUUAUAUUCAACCUUCCCAUUCUUGCUAUUUUUCUUUAUUGUUCAUGAAGACAGUGGGAUACAAUCCAUUGUGGAAUGUCCCCAGUAGCACUUGCUUAUUGGACAGAUUACACAUAAGCAGAGACACCCAUCCAUUGCUAUGCUAUAUGUCUUUUAUUGGUUUUAAUACCCCCUCCCAAUUAUUAACCAUGUUGUAGAAAGUACCAACCAAAAGUGUUUUUUUAAACUGCUUUUUAGACCAUCAUGUAACAUUAACUUUUGUUUUAGAUAAGUGUUCAGAUCUUUAUUUGCUGUGGUGGCUAGCAGACAUGCUUAGAAACAAAUGUUUUGCAGCCUUUCCCGGCUAUUGAGAGGUUACUUAAUAGGCAAAGACUCUACAUUUUAUGAAAAAAGUGUAUUUCACUGAAUAGACUCAAAGGCUAAUUUUUAUUUAUGUAUCGGAGCCAAUUUCUUUGCUGGAGAAGUGCAUUGCACCUCUAGCAGUAAAAGGGAUUGUACUGCUCAUUUAAACUAAGUAUUUAAAAAUGUCUGUCUGUUCCACCAAGUUCGAGAAAAUGGCAUGCUUUAUUAGAAAAAUGGACAAACCUCUUCAAUAAGAGUUGUUUGAAUUGAUAAAUACACAAAAACGCUCUAGGGGGCUUAUAUGUAUACAAUAAAAUAGACUUCAGUGUGUAAAAAAAAAAAAUAAAAAAAUUAAUUUUAUAACUGAUCUUUUGUAUUGUAGGACAUUAAAUUGUACAUCUUUUGUAUAUAAAAGAUUAGGAAACUUUCUGUAUAGCAGAAAGCAAACACAUUCCUACACUUUUACUGUAUAUGUUUGUUAUAAUGUCCAUGUAAACAUGCCCCAUGUUUGUGCCUUUUUAAUUAGUUUGUCUCAAUAAACAAAAUGUAGAGAAG